GUUUUAAUAGCUCGGUCCGUUUUACCAUUUCGAGUUUCUAUAAAAGCCUAGGUAAGAAACCCUAGGGUUUCUCAUUUGCCCUCUAUUCGGUUGCCGCGGCUUCCCGGACCAUAACAAGAAAUCCUUCAAGCUAGCAACCAUGACCAAGCGAACAAAGAAGGCUGGUAUUGUUGGGAAGUAUGGCACCCGUUAUGGUGCUAGUCUACGGAAGCAGAUUAAGAAGAUGGAGGUCAGUCAGCACAGCAAAUUUUUCUGCGAAUUCUGUGGGAAGUAUGCUGUGAAGAGGAAAGCUGUGGGAAUUUGGGGCUGCAAGGACUGUGGAAAAGUCAAAGCAGGCGGUGCCUACACUUUGAACACUGCCAGCGCUGUGACUGUGAGGAGCACAAUUAGAAGGCUGAGGGAACAAACCGAGAGCUGAGCUGCUAUCACCAAGGCACAUUGUCCGUCUUUGGGAUACAUCCGCACUAUUGUUUUAGUGAUAGACUACUUGAAAAUGUUUUGAAGUUGAUCUAUAUUUUUGAUGAGUUGAUGUUCAUCUAUGUAGUGUACCGCAUGAUUUUGGUCAUAUUUUGUGGCAUUGAAGUCUAUUGUGAAGGCUAUAACUCUUUAUCAUUUGCUAUUUAAUUGUUAUGUAAUCUCAAAAUUUUCUUGCUUGCUUA